GUGUGUAAAUCUAAGGAGCCAUAUGCGAGCGUCGAUUUAAGUGAAUUUCACUAAUUUACUUACAUUUCUACUGCACUCCUUUUGGGUCUACGUAUGAUUUGAUCUCUCUCACAUUAAUUCCUAUAGGAUAUCCCUGGCACAUACCCGGGACUUCCACGUGUUGAAUCACAGGGCAUCGUCUCCCUAAGCCGAGAACGUCAUUGUGAUCUUAUCGUCGUGAAUCAUCCUAAAUCGUCCCCCAAAUCCAUCAGGGUACAGCAGUCCUCGCGGAUCCACCCGCACGUGGGAAAAAAAAAACUUGCGCGGUGUCGUGGUGGCGCCCUUCCUGUUGAGACCAUCUCUAUUCCUGUCAGCCGCAACAAACAGGGACCCUGGAGUCAUGGCGCCAGCAGCAGUGGACAUCAGCCUGGGGGCGAGGAGGGUGGAGCAGGAGCAGGAGCGGGAGUGCACCGCCGAGGACAGGGCGGCGUGGAAGAGGUACCGGGGCGGCGGGCGCACGGACCACGCGAGCGCGCGCAGGAUCAUGAACCGGAGGUACGCGCCCCGGGCGCUGCGCCCGUUCCGCGGCGACCCGGACUCGCGCCAGGGGAUGCGGUACGCGGCCGAGCGGGACUUCUUCGACCUCCGCGACGACGCGUCGGUGCGCGCGCUCGCGCGGGAGGUCACCGAGCACCAGUACCGGGACAAGAACGCCGAGGUGCGGCCCGUCGACCUGGCGGGCAGGAGCGCGCGCCAGGUGAUCGCGGCGGCCAGGCUGCAGCAGGAGACGUGGGUCGCGCUCGGCACGAGCAGCAGGGACAUCCACAGGGGCAUCCCGCUGGCCGACAGGACGCCGUACACGGUGGAGGUGAACGGCAAGGAGGUGGAGAUGCCCGUGUGCUCCGGCCCGGACGAGACCUACGCGGCCGGGCGGUACAGGGUGGCCAGCAGACACCGCACGGAGGAGCACUGCACAGCGGCCACGUCCGAACACCGGCUGGGGAUGUCGUUCGUGAAGGGCGUGUCGUCGUACGAGAGGGACGUCGUGCCCGUGCUGGAGGCCGCGAUGGACGCCCUCGGGGGAGCCGCCCCGGGCGCGGGACAGCGGCGCCUCGCCGAACUGCUCAUCCAGUUCGCGCGCAGCCACUCGCUCGCCGGGGCGCCGCCCGAGCUGAGCGACGAGCAGCGGGAGAAGCUCUUCAAGGUGUGCUUCCUCGUCAUGGAGAAGGAGCAGGCGCAGUGGCAGGCGAGCUUCUUCGUCGGGCACAAGUGGCAGCUGGGGAUGAGCGUCGCCUUCGCGCGGCUCCUGAUCCUCUUCCGGGAGGGCGCGGUCACGCUCCGCGACGUGUUCAACGAGUACGGCGUCUACAGCAACCACCCCAAGAGGAUGGUCGACUGUAGGGACCUGGUGCGCAAGAGGUGCGACGCCGUCGACCGGCUGUACGUGAAGCAAAAGGGGGAGGAGCUGACCCUACAGCACGCGAUGGACGACCUGCGUGAAGUGUAUGGGGGGAAAGAGGUGGAGGAGGUGGAGGAGAAGGAGGAGGAGGGGGAGGGGGAAAGUGUACGCCAGCAUCUUGUACAGCUUCGUGUGUCUAGUAGUAGUAGUAGUAGCAGUAGUAGUAGUUGAAGUAUUAGGAUGGGGCGAGGAAUAUGUACAUUUCGAGUAGUUAAUUGUUCACUGAUAAACUAAGUGUUCAACUGCUCAACACUUCUAAGUGUGCAACUGUAAGUUAAAUACUUGCAAGUGUGCAACUGCAAGUUAAAUACUUUCAAGUGUGCAACUCGGUAGGUGUGCACUUGCAAGUGUGCAGCUCCUCGGUUGAACACUUCCUAC